UUCGACUUCACGACUUCGAAAGUUGCGCAUCCGUGACGACGACAGCUAACCCUCCAACAGCACCAUCAGUCACCAAUCUCUCUCAAUACACAACAUGGCUGACGCUCCCCGUGGCGGAGGUGGAGGAUUUGGUUCUCGUGGCGACAGAGGAGGAGAUCGAGGCCGAGGACGAGGCCGUGGACGAGGCCGUCGUGGUGGAAAGACUGAGGAAAAGGAAUGGCAACCCGUCACGAAGCUCGGCCGUCUCGUGAAAGCUGGCAAGAUCAAGAGUAUGGAGGAGAUCUACCUCCACUCUCUGCCCAUCAAGGAAUACCAGAUCGUCGAUUUCUUCCUGCCCAAACUUAAGGACGAGGUCAUGAAGAUCAAGCCCGUGCAGAAGCAGACUCGUGCCGGUCAGCGUACUCGGUUCAAGGCCAUCGUCGUAAUUGGAGACUCUGAGGGGCACAUUGGUCUCGGUAUCAAGACCUCCAAGGAAGUUGCUACCGCCAUCCGUGCCGCCAUCAUCAUUGCCAAGCUCAGCGUUGUGCCGAUUCGACGGGGAUACUGGGGUACCAACCUCGGCGAGCCUCACUCUCUGCCCACGAAAGAAAGCGGAAAAUGCGGUUCCGUUACUGUCAGGCUGAUUCCUGCUCCCCGCGGUACUGGAUUGGUCGCUUCGCCCGCCGUGAAGCGUCUCUUGCAGCUCGCUGGUGUGCAAGACAUCUACACUGCAUCUUCCGGCUCCACUAAGACUCUCGAGAACACACUCAAGGCCACUUUUGUUGCCGUCGCCAAUACCUACGGCUUCCUAACGCCCAAUCUCUGGAAGGAGACGAAGCUCAUCCGCAGCCCACUAGAGGAGUAUAGUGACGUUCUACGAGAGGGCAAGAAGUAUUAGAGUAUGAGGCGCGGCAGAGAGAUAUAGGUCUUUUUACUAGCAUUCCCGGGGUCCUUAAUGGCGUGGAGUAGUGCAUUUGGAGCCCUUCUUUCCGUCUAUCUGUGGCAGGACCUGGGUCACCCAGUAAGGAAAAUGACAAUUCAUUAUGAA